GUGCUGGUCCUGAUCCGUACCGGAAUGGCAAGGUUAAAUAACUUUCUGUACAGGAUCGGUGCAGCAGAAUCGAAUACGUGUGUACGUGGUCAAGCAGCCGAGACAAUUGGAUAUUUCCUGUUCAGAAUCAAGUUCAAUAUAAUAUAUUUUCACCCAGCACUACUGCGCAAUAUAAACAAUACGUCCUUCUUGGGAGGCAAGGCAGCGCCUGACGGUGACAAAUGGGCGCCAGAUAUGCAAGCAGUACGAGCGACGAUCAAAUUUGUCAUUGCAACGGGGAGGCUCGACAUA